ACACCAGACACCUCCAUCCAGCUAGCAUGGCACCAUAAGCUGCUUGGUGUCACAGUCACCCAACUUGGGCGCUUCCUUGGGCACUGAGCCUUUAGGUGCCCCAGCUGCUUGCAGACAUAUUCCUCCUUCUCGUCAAUGCUGUCAGCACCCACCACUGUGCGAACUUGGCUGCAGCCUGCAUACUCUCCCAAAAUCGCCUAAGUCUCUUCUGCCUGCUGCAAAGCCUCCUCCAGGCAAGUUGGCUUUGCAAGCUGCAACUGUUGCUAGAGCCUUAAUGGCGUUACUGCCCAUAGGAACGCAUCGAAAGCUAAGCUAUUAUGGGCCGCUGCCAAGAACGCCCCAUAGGCAAGCCCAACCAUACUCCCUGUCAGCAGCCAGCGGACACAGCUUCUCUCCACUCUGGUGCUUUCUCCGAUCAAGUUUCUCUCUAACGUGGAUGGACCACACUUGCUCACCAAACCGCUUCCCCAGGCUGGGUGUGAGGUUGGGCCAAGUUACUGUAACACUGGCAGGGAGCUCUAACAGUAUCUGCAGGGCUGGUCCUUCUAGCACCAAGACUAACAGCAUUUGCAAUCAGCUGCUGCAAUCAUCUCAAAUCCCUGUAUCACCGUAAUGCCUUACCUUAGGCAGAUGCAUUGGCAUUGUAGGGAUGGCUCUGGCCGCCCUGAACGCCAAAUCACAUCAGGGACUGAUGGCAUCAUCGGGUGAUGAUGUGGUGGAGAACGUUAUUUCAACACUUAACUGCCCUAUUGACCGCUGCAAGUCAGCUGUUUCCUCAGCUAACAUGAGUAUGGGACAGGUACCACACCCCUCUACCCUCUGUGGGGAUGAGCCACCCUGGGUUACCAGUGCUUCAAAGUGGCUUGCUGCUCUCUUAUGCUGUCUUUGGGAGAGCCUGGGCCCACCUGGCCCGACUCUUCGCUGAGUCUUCGCACCCUCUGCUGGCCUUGCCUCCCUCCACCGCUCCAGGCCCUCUCUGGCACUCACUACCCUGGUGCCCCACCAGAUCCUUGCGCCUCCAAUGCGUACUAUCAUUGCUGCAUCUUCUGUUGUUUCUGACAUUGUAGUGUGGGGUAUAUACACAGAAGAAGCGUAGACAACUCAGAGUUUGUGUCCAUAACACAGCUUUAUUUAGAAUUGACGUAGCAGCCAGAGUACAAGUGAGGAAAAUCACUCUUACUUCCAGAGGGAGGAAAUAUGCUCUUUAAACCUUGUACUGCUCCAGCGUUCACAUAACCAGUGAAUAUUAACAUACUUGAAAAUGCAACCAGAUACAUUUACUUACUGUUUUAAGAACUAAAUAUACAAACCUUCUAAGAAUGAGCAAAGCAUACUCUGACGGCACAAUACUAUGAUGAACCAUCACACUGCGCAAUGCGAUGUCCACAAAUGAUCCUGAAGAAAAAGUCAUAUUUAUAUGAUUUAUCCCACUGUAUCAGAUUCCCCAAACAGAACUAAAAGCGAUCCAAGGGCCUGUUUACACCUUGCAUCACUAUGCAUUUUCUGUGAUGGGAUCACAUUCGUUUUUUUGAUGCAUGAAAAGCCAGGUGUAAACACACCCAGGACAGACUGUGGUUUUUACACAUUUUACGCUAGUGUAAAUGGAAUGUGGGGGGAAAAAAGUAAACAAAAGUAAAACAGAUACAUGGGUUGAUGUUUUUCUUUUUACAUAGGAACUUACAAAUCAGAACUCUUCUGGUCAAAUAUGGUUAGAAAAAAGUGUAAAUUAAAUGAAAGUCGGUGUUCUAACAGUUUGUCCUACUCGCUGAACGGUCCUACUGAGCAUGCACAUCAUUAUAUGUAGUAUUUUUUUUUUUUUAUGUUAAUUUAGCUUUACCUUAAGUGUAUCAUACACAUUAAGCUUAAUAACACUACUUACUCCCUGGUACGGUCAUUUAGGCUAUAGACCAUUUUUGUGUUUGUAAACCGACAUGACAUGUUUUGUGGGUGGAGCUUAACUGGUUGAAAGUGACAGCAUAGCAGUGUCAGGUGUAAGAAUAUAGAAAUAUGGAUCAUCAGGACACUUUCUCCAGGUAUUUUAAUGGUUUACCAGCAGAAGACAGGUUGUCAUACACUAAUUAGAUAACCUUUAGCAAUAGGGGCAGGUUUUUUGACCCAUACAGGUCAACAGGUAAAGGAUUCAAAUAAAUGUCCAAAGUUACAGUGUCCAGACAUCAUCUUAUACCUUUGAAAAAACCCAAAGUCUAUACGAAAGAAAUGUUUUUGUUGGUUGGUUUUAAUGGUUUUUGUGUAUUACGGUCUGACAUACUGCCUAGCCAGAAACAAGGAUAUAAAACGCAGCUAUACAAGAAUUAUUAUUAAACAAAUCAUACAAAUCAGUAUUUUAAACAAAUCAAAAUACUAUUACUGAUGGUGAACUGCAUUUGCAUGGCUAGAUUAAUAUUAACUCUUUUUCAUUAUUUAAUGUAUAUUAGAACAAUGUAAAUCACUACAACCACUGCUGCUACUACUAUCUAGGUAUAUGUAAAAAUGUUAUUUUUAGUUAUAGGUAUAACGUUUCAUGCUGAAAGGCUAAUGUAGGGCUAAUACAGUGAGUCGUAGCAGUUAGCUGUGGGGCUAAUACAAUAUACCCUCUAAGAAAUUUAUAUGUGAAUAUAUCUAGAUCUGUUGUUUAUAUUGAAUUCAUGCUAACAAUGAUGGCUAAUAAUCACAGGUUAGGGUCAUGCUGCAUCCAUGCAGCCGCAUUGCUUUGUAAGGUUGAGCUAUGUCAAAAUGGAAAAAAAACAGACACAGCAAGCACAUCAAAGGACAUCUUCAAUGAUGGUAUUCUAUAAAAAUGGUUAUUUGUUUUUCCAUUUCUAUUUUAGCAUCCAGUAGCACAAGAAGACAAUUUUUUUCGUUAUUCAGUGGAUCUUACCCGUUUUGCUCCGCUUCUUUCUGCUGCGUUUUUGCUACCACAAUAUGCACAACUGCCAGCGACGUGAUGUCCACUCCAAAUUGGUCUAUGAAAAUAUCUCACUCUUUUAAUGCUGGUAACAUUUUCUGACAAGAAAGUUUAGGCUAUCAGAACAUCCCACCUAUGGGUUUCAUACAGGUAGCAUUUCUCUGAUUAGGUGAUUCAGGCUAUCAAAAUAUCCUACCUGACGUUUUAAUUUUAGUAGCAUUUUCUGAUAUGAUAAGAUGCUAGGUAGGACGUUUCGAUGAGAUAGCACAAACAGAUAAGAUUCAGUGUUCUGACGAAAUGUGCUAUCUUGUCGAAAUGUCCUAACGUACUGCAUAUUUUAGGUAGUGCUCUGCAUAUUUUGAUGGCCUAAACUACCCUACCAGAAAAUGCUAUAAGCACUGUAUCUAUAGGUAGGACAAUUUUUGAUAGUGUACAUUUUUGAUUGUCUCCUUAUCAGCAUUAAAAGAAUAAUGAGGAUACUUUGAUUGCCUAAAUCACCGUAUCAAGGAGUAAGUAAUAAUAUUAAGCUGAGUCUGUACUGAAUUAACAUUAAAAACACAAUAAAACGUUUGAAACAUUAAGUUAUUAUGCUAGUCAUAUGCACGUGCUUAGUAGGACAAUUAGAUGGGUGGGACAAAUUGUUAGAACACCGGGCAUGAAGUGCAUAUUAAUGCAAGACAUAAAUAGGCUCGAAAGAAUACGUUUUAUUUCUGUGAAUUGCUGAUUUCAUUUUCUGUUUUAACGAAACUAAAUUCCCCGUUAUUCAGAUAUUCAGCACUGGGGUCCGCCAUGUUUACUUCUGUUUUCUUUCCGCUUCGCCCCAGUAACUGAUUCUAAAGAACACUUUCUAGAGACUUAUUGGCGGAUUUUAGUUUUUUAUGUAGAUUAUAUGGGAAUUAAUGAUGGCGACCGGUUUAAAUCUGAUCAGUGCUCACUCACCUGAUGUCUCGAGCGUGUUCUGAUUUGAAUUGAGCUGUCUGAUGACAUUAUGCUAAUGAGCGCGAGGAGGGAGGAAGCUGCAGCUCGCACGAGCAGAAGAGAGAGCGGGCGGUUCAGAGUUAGGAGAAGCUACAGCAGCACUGAGAAAAUGUGUGGGUAGUUUUAUGCAGUCGCCCGGAGACUGAGGGAACCUUUUGAUUCCUCUUGGGGUGGUAUAUUAUUACGAAUGGAUCCUAAUUUAAACCUACUACGCAGAAGACUUUAUACUAUAUACUUUUUAUUGUUCUGUUUUUCCUUAAUUCCUCGAGGGCGUAUUUCGUGGGCCAUUGAGAGUGUGAAUUUAACUAAACGGUAUGAUCUUGAAAACGAGAGCAGCAGGAUAAUGCUGGCGAAAUGGGACUCCAGUUCCCAAGCGAAGCAGGAAGCACUUCUGAGCAACACAUCAGCACAAAGUGAAGCACUGAAGUGGGCAGGCCGUAGAACCAGGGGUGCUUGCACAUUCCCCUGCUUGAACGGUGGUCAGUGUGUAUAUCCCGAUUCCUGCAACUGCUCUUUGUACCAAGCCACUGGAUCGCAUUGCCAAACAGUUCCCAAUUCAGGCUUGGAGAGGGAGAUGACAUGUCGCUCAUGGGGGCAAUACAACUAUGAGACCUUUGAUGGGCUUUACUACUACUUCCCUGGCAAGUGCAGCUACACACUCCUGAAAGACUGUGAGGAUAACACACAGUCAACUGUGUUCAUACAGGUACAUAAUGAUCCAGAAUGCACUUCUCUUCCAUAUUCCUGCACACGCUCAGUAAGUGUUUUCCUGCCGUGGGAAGGCGAGAUUAGGUUGCAGAACUUCAACGUCACUUUCAAAGGUCAAAGCUUGAAGCUGCCCCAUAACAUCCAUGAUGUUGAGUUGGAGCGGAUCGCUGACUAUAUACUGGUAUCACAACCUCAGGGUUUUACACUAGCGUGGCAUGGUCGGAAUGGCUCCAUCUACAUUAAGAUGAGUCCAGAGUUUGUGGGCCGCACCUGUGGUCUGUGCGGCAACUUCAACGCAGACAUUCAGGAUGAUCUGAAGACUAGUUAUGGUGUGUUCACAGAAGAUCUUGCUAUGUUUGGAAAUAGCUGGGUGGAGGAAGAGCCACAGCAGGCCACGUGUUCAAUGAUUCAAUAUCUGUAUCCAUCUCCCUGCUCUGCACAGGAUCCCCACAUUUUACUGAAAGUGGAGGAGGUGUGCUCAUCUUUACUGAAAGAGCCAUUUAAAUCCUGUCAUGAGUUUGUCAGUCCAUAUUCAUAUAUGGCCAGUUGCUCCAAUGACCUUUGCCUGUCUGGUCCCAAUGGGGAUGUGGUCUGCCAAGUCUUCACGGAGUAUGCAAGGGCAUGUGCCCAUGCUGAACACCCAUUACAUAACUGGAGAAAACAUUUUCCUGUGUGUGUAGGUAUUGAGUGCCCUGCAGAGCUGCAUUACAGAGAGUGCAUCACAUGUUGUCCUGUGCAUUGCAAUACUGAAAGCAUGUGCAUUGACAGCAAGCUGCAGUGCCUGGAUGGCUGCUACUGUCCUGAUGAUCUGAUCUAUGAGGAUGGAUUGUGUGUGAAGCCAUCUGACUGUCCAUGUGAGCACCGUGGAAUGCUCUACCCUUCAGGACACACCAUACAGGAGGACUGCAACAACUGUACAUGUGUUGGUGGUGUGUGGAACUGCACGGAGCACAGUUGUCCAGGGGAGUGCUCAGUUACAGGGGAUAUGUAUUUCCAAUCUUUUGAUGGUCGCGUUUACACAUUCCCAGCUACCUGCCAGUAUGUUUUAGCCAAGAGCCGAAACUCAGGCGGAUUCAUUGUGACGAUCCAGAAUGCUCCAUGUGGCCAUAAUCUGGAUGGGGCCUGUAUUCAGUCAGUGAACCUGGUCCUGAAUGAGGAUCCUCGCACUGAGGUAUCGCUCAGCCACAAUGGGGAGAUAUACAUGUCCAGCCAGUUCCGCAUCUCUCUGCCAUAUUCAGACGAUGUGUUUCAGAUCCAGGAGCUGUCAUCCAUGUUCAUUCAGGUAAAGACUGUGGAAGGAAUACGACUGCAGUACAACUGGAGGGAAUUCAGGUUGUACCUGCAGCUUGGGGAGCUGUGGAGGGAUGACACUGUGGGACUCUGUGGUACCUUCAAUGGGAACAUCCAGGAUGACUUUCUUGCACCAUCCGGUAUGAUUGAGAGUACACCACAAUUGUUUGGGAAUGCCUGGCGUGUGUCAUCAGCCUGUGUGCCACGACCUAGCUUACCACAGCUUGAUCCCUGUGAUACUCAUCAGCAAGCAGCCGCUUAUGCUGCGGAGAAGUGUGAGGUGUUGAUGCAGGAGGUAUUUGCUGUGUGCCAUGAACAUGUGAGUCCGGUGGGCUUCCAGUUGCAGUGCCGUGCUGACGUGUGCAGAUGUGGAACACCAUGUCUCUGUUCUGCCCUCGCCCACUACGCUCGCACCUGUAGGAAACAUAAUGUCAUCAUUGAUUUCCGCUCACACGUGCACGAGUGCUCUGUGGCAUGUCCCCCAACAAUGGAAUACGGUGUAUGUGUGUCAUCAUGUCAGCGGCGCUGCAUGUCUUUGUCAGUGCUGCAGUCAUGUGGAGAGGAAUGUGAAGAAGGCUGUGUUUGUCCACAAGGAACAUACUACAGCACACACACACACACCUGUGUUAAAAGGAGCGAAUGCCCGUGCAGUUUCCUGGGAGCUGAUUACUCCCCUGGAGAUGUGAUCAUGACAACAUUGGGUGUACAAAUUUGUCAAGAUGGAAAAAUUGUCCUACAGAGCAUUAUUACUGAUAAGUUGUGCCCUCCAGGGCAGAUUUAUGAGGACUGUGGGAAUAUGGUGGAUGGGCUCUCAGCCAGCAAGGGUUUGGCCUGUGACCGCACGUGUGAGUCGUACCUACUCAACCUCACCUGCUCCAUCCAUGAGCCCUGUGUGCCUGGCUGCGUCUGCUCCCCAGGGCUUUUGAAGCAUGGUGAUGAGUGUUUUGAGCCUGUGGCUUGUCCAUGUUUAUGGAAGGGUAAAGAAUAUUACCCAGGGGACAAAGUGUCCUCUCCCUGCCACCAGUGUGUGUGUCAGCAUGGUUCAUUCCAGUGUGAGUUCCAUCCGUGUGCAUCAAUGUGCACUGCAUAUGGAGAUCGACACUACCGCACAUUUGAUGGACUGCUGUUUGAUUAUAUUGGAGCCUGCAAAGUUUACCUACUAAAGAGCUCGGCUGAUGUACUAAUCAGCAUCACAGCAGAGAAUGUGGAUUGCUUUGAAAGCGGUGUGAUCUGCAGGAAAGCUCUCCUCAUUUCAAUAGGAAGAUCUUUCAUAGUGUUUGAUGAUGAAAGCGGCAAACCUAGCCCAUCCAGUGUGAUUGACAGGCAGAACAUGUUGAUUUGGAGUGCAGGCUACUUCACCAUCAUCCACUUGUUGCAAUAUGAGCUGACAGUGCUCUGGGACAGGAAAACCACCAUACACAUACAGGCUGGACCCCGCUGGCAGGGUAAACUCUCUGGCUUAUGUGGGAACUUUGAUCUAAAAACAGUGAAUGAAAUGAGAACACCAGACAACAUGGACUCAGCAACACCUCAGGAAUUUGGCAACAGCUGGACUGCAGCAGAGUGUGUCAAUAGUCCUGACAUAAGGCACCCAUGCAGUUUGAACCCUCUCCGUGAACCCUUUGCUAAGAGACAGUGUGGAAUUCUGCUCGGUGAAGUGUUUCAAGUUUGUCACCCAGUGGUGGAUGUGACAUGGUUCUAUAUGAACUGCCUGGCAGACACAUGUGGCUGUAGCCGUGGUGGGGACUGUGAGUGCUUCUGUACAAGUGUUGCCGCAUAUGCUCACCGCUGCUGCCAUCAGGGAAUCACUGUCGACUGGCGCUCCCCAUCCCUCUGCCCAUAUGACUGUGAAUACUACAAUAAAGUCCUAGGGAAGGGUCCAUUCAGGUUGAUAACAUUUAGGGAGAGGAGCUUGAUAUUGACAGCCAAUCGGACUAGUGGAUUGGUGCUCAUGAAGAGAGGAUUGGCCAGCGCUGAUGAUCUUGUGACUACAUUCAUGAUGACCCCAGGACUCAGUAAAACCCGACCACACGACUCUUCACUGAUAUCGUUGGAAGCGUCAGACAGGCCAAACUAUUUUCUCCAUGCAGAGCGCGGUGGCCGGUUGAAACUUCGGAAGUGGGAGGAGAGCAGGGCAUUCUGGGAUGCGGCGACGUUUGUACUACAUAGGGACACAUGGAUCUCUGGAUUUGAUUCACUAGAGUCACUCGUGUGGCCUGGAUUCUUCCUGCACUACAUGCUGUCAAGGCUCCAACUCCUGAAGUACAGCCACUCAGAUCACUACCGUAGAGCCAUUCUCUUUAAAUUUGCCAGCAGCAGCACAGAGUACCCAAUGGGGUCACGGUGCCAGUGGCGAUAUGAAUCCUGCACGAGUCCAUGUUUCAGAACUUGCAGUGAUCCAGCAGCUCUGAGCUGCGUCACCAUCCUAAAAAUUGAAGGAUGUGUGCCCCAGUGUCCAGCUCAUAUGGUUCUGGAUGAAAUCACUCAAAGAUGUGUCUAUUUGGAGGACUGUAUUAAGCCUCCAGUACUACUGCCAGGCCUCAUCUCAACAACACCUACUGCUGCCACCUCUUCCAUGUCCCUGGCUACAGCAAGUGUCUUCACCAGAAGCAGCCUGGCAACAGAGGCAAUCAGCGCAACAACCACUCAGACCCCUCCAGAACAUAGCAGUAUAGCUACUACAACAACCAUCACACACACGUCAAUGCUCUUGCCCAUACCAAGCACUACUCCAGUGACAGAGGAAAUUGUAACAACUAUGAAAACAUCUGCCUCCUACACAAAGCCAGUGGCUUCAACUCCCAAAACCACUCAAAUGCCCAGCACUGCUUCUCUUACUCCUUUCAUCACACUCAAAACAAGAACAGUAUCUGCCUCAGCCUUGCCACAAAUAACCACUACAACUCUAGGACCUACAGUGACUGCUUCCCUCUCCACUGGCACCAGCUCAGCAAUAGCCUCCAGUGUAGCUCUAUCUCCUAGCUCUACAGAGCAACCCACUAGAGUAAGGACUACCCCUGCUCCCUCAGCAUCUACCAGCAGAAGCACAACAGAGUCUGCUUCCCCCACAUUCCGAGUAUCACCCCUUGACGUCACCAGCACAGAACAUGCCACAGUCUCACAGCUUUCCACUAUUACUGCCAGAACUAUAAAGCCCGCUAUACUCUUUACAGACAGUGAACAGCCUUUUAGUACAGAAACCUCUAAAGUAACCAAAGCUCCUGCAUUAGAGUCGAGUACUUCUGCCACCACAGCACAUCUAACUGUAUCUGCUCCAUUACACACACUCACGGUCACACCACCUUCGGUCACUCCAGCACAUUCCACAGAGUUCACCACGGCAGUCAGCAUCUUCAGCACUCUGAAAACAACACCGAUGAGUGGCACUGAAGCCAGAGAACAUUUGGUGGUACACACUACGGAGAAAACUAUGCCUACUUCCGCCACUGUGGCAAAAACAUCCACAACACACCUCCCAACUAAACCCACAGAGAUACCUCUCCCAGCACAAACAAUGUCCUCUGUGCCUGCGACUUCUAAGUCAGAGCAAACUGUAACCUCCAAAACAUCACCAGUAUCCACAGAAAUAGUCCAGCCAACAUCGCAGGUCAUAACAAUGUCUUCUGCACCUACAGCAGAAGCAGUAGAAACCUCAGCAACAACGACCUAUCAACCAGUGCCUACACUCUAUACCACUCACACACCCUGGUCUCCUGGUGUCCUAACCUCUGAGAAGCACACAACAAUAUCUGGGACCACUGUCACCACAAGCCCCCCAAGGUCCCCUCUAACCACACUCAGAACUGUUCUUCCUUCACCUGUAGCACAUGUCACGUCAACACUGGCACCAUCACAUACUCUACCAACUCACAUGACGACUCCCAGAACUUCUCCAGUGGUAUCCACUACGGCUGUAUCUGCAUCCACCACAGUAAGCUCCACAGAGUCAAGCUUGAGUCCCUUCUCAGAAUCAUCCUCAACCUCUGCUCGACUUAUAGAGACAGUCAGCACAACCACUUCAGUUACAGUUGAGACCAAGACAAAAACUGUACCUCAUGCUUAUACACCAGUGUCACCCACAAUACCUACCUCAGCAGUUACAGUGGCACCACAGACAUCAACAGCAGUUUCAGCUGGCAUAGUCACCACAGCUAAGCUUGCCACUACCACUGAGGAACCUCGGCCAUCAGCCACCAAGAGGGCAUUGUCUACCCUCAGCUUUGUUACUGUCCUGCCUCAAACAGAGACAACUCAUGUCCGUCCUCACACUGACAGAGCUGAACUUUCUACUACUGAAGCCACACAACCAUCAUCCUGGUCACAUCCAUUGUACACUUCUUCCACAUCAGUUCCCAAAGUGAUUCCAUCAACAGAAAGAGUGACCACACCAAUAUUCAGCUUAACCAUGAAAGAAACUACCAUGGCAACACAUGUUUCUCCUCAGAUGGUCACUGAAGUCCACAAGUCCACAACAGUUGCACCCACAGACACAAUGCCAUCUACCUCUGGUUCUUUGGAGACAGCAGAGCCUGUUUCUCCAACUAGCCCUUCAAGCACAUUCUCAACCAUACCUAGCACGGAGACAUCACCACAAAGGACUGAACGCACAAUAGAAACCAGCCCCGCUAGACCGCUAGUCAGCACAACCAAAUCAACUACCAGUCCUGCAGUGCCACAUGAUACAACUACUGCCUCUGAAAGAAGUACCUCGUCUACAACUUCAUCAUCAGAGCAGCCACCAGACUGGAUGACAUCAGCAACACAAAAAAGCACAAAACAGCCACCUGCUCUAGACACAUCCUAUACAGCCACCUCUAUGACAUCUGUAACAACCUCCCCCUACAUGACAGAGACAGUGCACUGGAAGACUAAUUUGACUACAGUUACAUCCACCACUGCUGAGGGUGCUACUCCCAGCAAAAUCUGCACUCCGCCAUAUUCUGAGAUGGUAGAUGAGUGCACUAAGCUCAUUUGUGUGAAUGGCCAGCUGCUCUUGUUCAAUAAGUCCCAGAGCUGCCCCUAUGACUCUAGCCCUCCAAAUUGUGGCCUGCUUGGGUUUGCUGCGUUGGUCAAUGGAGACAAGUGCUGUCCAAAGUGGGCAUGUCCAUGUCGCUGUUCAGUCUUUCCAGAUCUAAAUGUGGUCACUUUUGAUGGGAAUAACGUGGCUAUUUAUAAAGCUGCAUCGUACGUGGUCACGCAGCUCCCCAAUGAGACAGUUAGCAUCCUGGUGCAGGAGUGCCACAGCUCAGACAACACGCUUGUGUGGAACUUCACUAACCUCUGCCUGGCAGCUCUGAACAUUACGCAUGAAUCCAACAUGGUGCUCAUUAAUCGCCUACAGAGACGUUUGUAUGUAAACUCUAGGUAUGCAAAGCCACGGUUUAAGAAGUACGGAUUUGAGGUUCUAGAUACAGGGAACAUGUAUCUGAUCCGGAGUCCUGCCGGUCUAAAGAUCCAGUGGUUCCACAGCACAGGCAUGAUGGUGAUUGAGACGGAGACCUACACCAACAAGCUUUCUACUAUGGGGCUAUGCGGUUGUUGUGAUGGUAACCCACUGAAUGAUCUGACCCUGUCAAAUGGUACCGUUGUGACAGAGAGUGAAGAUCCAGCUGUGUUCAUUGAUAGCUGGCAGGUUCCCAACACCACCAGCUAUGUUAGCCACAGCAGGAGGAGGGAGGUCAACUGCUCUACCAGUGACUGCUCUGACUGCCUCAACAUGCUCAACAACCUUACCUUCACUGCCUGUCAUCCCUAUGUUCCCCCAGCUACAUUCUGUGAAGUGUGGGUACGAGAUGCAGAAUAUGUGAAUAAUCCUUGCGUGGCUCUUGCUGCAUAUGUUGCUUCCUGCCAUAAGUUCAACAUCUGCAUUGAAUGGAGAAGUCCAGACUACUGCCCCUUUGUGUGCCCUGAGACACUGAUGUACCAGGCAUGUCUACCUGCCUGCACAGCUCCAUCGUGUCCAAGUCAGGAGUUUGAGUAUGAUGCUGAUCAGUGCUCGGGCCUGGCUGAGGGCUGUGUGUGUCCACUGGGAACUCUUCUUCAUCGCCCUUACUCCACACUCUGCAUUCCACCUAACAAGUGUGCCUGUACGGAUAGUUUCGGAGCGCCACAUGCUCUGGGCGAGGUUUGGAAGGCAUCAGUGGAUGGCUGCUGCAUGUACAAGUGUGAGAGUGACGGCAUUGUGCCUGUAGAGUUAAACUGCAGUGACAUCCCUCAGCCGGUCUGCACAAAAGCAGGAGAAAUCAGCAUUAGCCUUGCAGAUGACAACAGCUGCUGCCCACAAAGAGUCUGUGUGUGUAAUCAGAGUAUGUGUGAGGCGGUUCCUCUGGAGUGUAAAUUUGGAGAGAAGAUGGUGUCAUACUUCAGACAUGACUCCUGCUGUCCAGAAUAUGCAUGCGAGUGUGAUCCCGACCAGUGUGUGCUGGAUGUUCCUGUGUGCCGUGAGGAUCAGACGUUAAUAGCCACACGCACUGAUGGAAGCUGCUGCCUGGCACAUAUUUGCAUGUGUGAUGUAUGCUCCGAAGCAGUUCCUGAGUGCGAAGAUGGAGAACUGCUCACUGUGGACACAAACAGUACAGAGCGUUGCUGCCCAGUUUACCACUGUUUGUGUGAGCCUUCUCGAUGUUCAGUGAUCAUUUGUCCAGUCGGAAUGGCUGUCAUAUCAACUGUGAUUCCAGAGCAGUGCUGCCCAUUGCAGACAUGUGAAUGUGCAUGUGAAAGAAUCACUCGUCCUAAAUGUGCCUUGGGUGAGAGUUUGCAGUUAGACAGGGCAUUUCUGGCAGAUCCUAAGAACCAGUGUGGCUGCAAAAGAUAUCAGUGUGUGAGAGAUGCAGUUUGUGUGGAUGGAGAGAGAGGUGUGAUGAGGCCAGGACAGACUCUUAUGGAGCACAGUGCCCGAGGUGUGUGUUAUACAACGAGGUGCACACACACUCUAGACUCUGCCACUGGCUUCUACCGCAUACAAGCAUCCAGCACUAACUGCACUGCACAGUGUCAGCCUAAUCAGGUUUAUGUUCCCCCUAAAGACCAGAGUGCUUGUUGUGGAGUGUGUAAGAAUGUGUCUUGCGUGCACCACAGUGACAACGGGUCUCUGGUCUUGUAUAAGCCAGGAAAGAGUUGGGUGUCUGACUGCAUGCGUUACGACUGUACGGACACACAGUCUGGACCAGUACUGGUCUCAUACUCCUACAGCUGCCCUCCAUUCAAUGAGACCGAAUGCAUGAAGAUCGGAGGCACAGUAGUGACCUACAUGGAUGGAUGUUGCAAAACAUGCACUGGAUACUCACUCUUCCCCUUCCCUGUUAGCACACUGAAACCCACAAUUAGCACAAACUGUGAACAAGGCAAAGAGGAUGGAAAGUCAUGUCAGAAAGUGACGGUGAGGAUGACAAUACGGAAAAAUGAUUGCCGUAGCAACAGACCGGUGAACAUAGUGUCCUGUGAUGGCAAGUGUCCUUCAGCAAGUAUUUACAACUACAACAUCAACACUUACGCGCGGUUCUGUAAGUGCUGUAGAGAGAUGGGCCUUCAGCGCCGCUCGGUCCAGCUCUACUGCAGUGGAAACUCUACGUGGGUCAGCUACUCAAUACAGGAACCCACAGACUGUUCUUGCCAGUGGUCUUAAAAAACACUCACACAAGCUUGCCUCAACUGAAACUGUCAAACUUUACAAUACUGUAUGUUUUUAUUCUCUUGAAUAUCAAGGGGCAUUCUAGCACUGGUUAAGAAGUCAUUUGAUGAAUUAUUGACUUUUAUAACUUGAAAAGAAAGUGUUACUCAUUAAGAACUGAACUUGAAAAUGUAUUAAAUUUUACAGGGACAGCAAAAGAAAAUAUGUGUCUGUUCAUAAGUUGUAUUACAAUUGGCAUGGAAGACAUGAAUAAAUGCACCAGUAGUCGUUGAUUGUGAUGUUUUCUAUCCCUGGAAAAGGCGCUGGUGGAGUAAAGAUGUUCAGCCAGGAUCCUCAUAUAGCUCCAACAGUAAUAAUGAACUAGCCAAAUGUAAUCUUGGCUCAUGGUUUGUACAUAAUUAUAUUUAUGCUCUUUUUGAAGUCCGAUGGGAGAAAAAGGAAAAAAAAAAAUUUACAGUGAAUUAAUUAUUUGUAUUAGAUGCUUUUUUAAUAGUAUAGGAGAUAUAACUUGUGAUUCUGACAUUUUUUAAUCAGUCAUAUCUUUUUUUUUAUAACAGCAAGCUAUAUUUUGAGCACUUUAUUUAUUUAUUACAUUAUAAAAACAAUUUCAAAACAACUUUAAAACAAUUUCAGAAUUUAUCAUUUUUUCUCUAAAGCACAAAAUUCUAUUGUUUUUUCCAUGACAACGCCAUUUAAAAAAGUGGGCAUUCCUCUACAGGAUCUUAGCCUGAUCAAUUCUGAGUAGCAGACUCUACAGAGCAUUGAAGCGUCCUGUUCCUUUAAUGGCAAAAAGGAAAAUAUGCAGUGUAAAGGGUUAUUUAAAAAAAGGUUUCCAAGGCAUUUGUGAAAUGUUUAUACAGUUUUAUACAGACCAGCUCAUUGUUUUAUAAUCAUGUUAUCCUUUUGAAGCAAAAUGUGCUUAGCUUGAAUAUAUCAAAC